AUGGCUAACGACGAGUACGAUGUAAGCUUUUGGCGACCUCCCUCUGCCCCUCCUCCCUCUGCGCUGGCCGCUACCCCCCGCCUGGUCCUGAUUGGAGACUCUGGCGUCGGAAAGUCCAACCUGCUCAGUCGAUUCACCCGCAACGAGUUCAACCUAGACUCCAAGUCGACGAUCGGCGUCGAGUUCGCUACGCGAUCGAUCCAGGUCGACUCCAAGACCAUCAAGGCACAGAUCUGGGACACGGCCGGCCAGGAGAGAUAUCGCGCCAUCACCUCGGCCUACUACCGUGGCGCCGUCGGAGCCCUCCUCGUCUACGACAUCAGCAAGCACCAGACCUACGAGAACGUCACACGAUGGCUGAAGGAGCUCCGGGACCAUGCUGAUGCCAACAUUGUCAUCAUGCUGGUAGGAAACAAGAGCGAUUUGCGACACCUGCGCGCCGUGCCCACAGACGAGGCCAAGGCAUUUGCCAGCGAAAACCACCUGUCCUUUAUCGAGACUUCGGCCCUCGACGCCAGCAACGUCGAACUUGCCUUCCAAAACAUCCUCACUGAAAUCUACCGAAUUGUAUCCAGCAAGGCGUUGGACAGCGACGGUGCCCAGGCCACGAUCGGCUCCGGCACCCGCAUCGAGCUCGAGAAGUCGGUGGACGGCUCUGCUGCACCAAAGGGCGGCAACUGCUGUUAA